UGCUCUCGCGAGAACUCAGCCUGUAGUCCCCCUGGUCGCGAGAAAGCAAGCUUCAGUCUCCUGACGGUUCUCCUCAAAUCUGUGGGAGCGGCACUCGGACUCGGAACAGAGAACAGAAUGAGUACCUCACAGGACCAGAGUGGCUGCUCCACUAAUAGAGAACCCCUCUUGAGGUGUUGUGAUGCACGGAGGGACUUGGAACUCGCUAUUGGUGGAGUUCUUCGAGCUGAACAGCAAAUUAAAGAUAAUUUGCGAGAGGUCAAAGCUCAGAUUCACAGCUGUAUUAGUCGUCAUCUGGAAUGCCUUAGAAGCCGUGAGGUGUGGCUGUAUGAACAAGUAGAUCUAAUCUAUCAGCUCAAAGAGGAGACACUUCAGCAGCAGGCCCAGCAGCUCUACUGGUUACUGGGACAGUUUAAUUGUCUAAUUCAUCAACUGGAGUGCACCCAAAACAAAGAUCUAGCCAAUCAAGUCUCUGUGUGCCUGGAAAGAAUGGGUAAUUUGACUCUCAAGCCUGAAGAUUCAACUAUCCUGCUUUUUGAAGCAGAUACAACUACUCUGCGCCAGGCCAUCACCACAUUUGGGUCACUCAAAACCAUUCAAAUUCCUGAGCACCUGAUGGCUCAUGCUAGCUCAUCAAAUAUUGGGCCCUUCUUGGAGAAAAGAAGCUAUAGUCCUUUGCCAGACCAGCAGAAGUCAGCAUCCAACACCACAGCGGUCCCUCUCAAUGAUUGGCUCCUUGGAAGUAAACCUGCCAGUGGUCGCCAGGCUCCUUACGUGCCCAGCACCAACCUUCAAGACUGGCUUACCCAAAAGUCAAGCCUGGAAAACAGUCAGACACCUGCCAGAACCUGCAGUUUCUUCAGUAAUGUUUGGGGCAACCUAAAGGGCUUGGAAAAUUGGCUCCUCAAGACUCAGCAAGAAGCUCCUGAAAAGCCUAAUUACCAAAAGUCUAACAUCUAUUCUACUACCAGUUCUUACUCCUGUGAAAUGGAAAAGACUGGUGAUUUAGAGCUUCUUGAUCAAGAUGAAAUGGACCUUUCUGAUUGGCUCAUAACUCCACAGGAAUUACCUAAAUUGGAGAAGCCUGGAAGUAGCAGCUGUGAAACCAGUGAGAAGUUUAAGUCCUUGUUCCAAGUGUUUCAGGAGUCCUAUAAUGUGAAUGAUUGGCUUGUUAAGCCUGAUUCCUGUACUAAUUGUCAGGGCAGUCUGCCUAAAGGUGUGGAGAUUGAAAACCUGGGCAAUCUUAAGUGCCUGAAUGACCACUUGGAAGCCAAGAAACCCUUCUCCAACCCCAGCAUGAUUACUGAGGUUUGGCUUAUCCAGAACCAGCAGGAUCCAUGUAAAGUAGAAGAGGUAUGCAAAGCCAAUGAGCCCUGUCCAAGCUUUGCAGAGUGUGUAUGUGAUGAAAAUUGUGAGAAGGAAGCUCUCUAUAAAUGGCUUCUGAAGAAAGAAGGAAAGGAUAAAAAUGGUGUGCCCAUGGAAACAAAACCUGAGCCCGAGAAGUAUAAAGAUUCCCUGAAUAUGUGGCUCUGUUCUUCAAAAAGAGAAUCAACAGAACUUGUUAAGGCACCAAAGGCCCUGGCUCCCUCUAGAAUUGCUGAUUCUUUCCAAGUGAUUAGAAACAGUCCUUUGUCAGGUUGGCUCACCAGGCCCUCAUGCAAAGAUCGACACCCCCAGGAAGUAGCAUCCAGUGCUGAGGACAGAGAUGGCAAACAAAAGCUUCUGAGCCCCAUGACCACUUCUUGGUGUCCCUUUAAUACGGCUGACUGGGUCCUGCCAGGAAAGAAGACAGGAAAUCUCAACCAGUUAUCUUCAGGAGAAGAUAAGUGGUUGCUGAGAAAGAAGGCCAAGGAAAUGCUACUUAACUCACCUCUACAGGAGGAACGUAACUUUCCUGCAGACCAUUACGGCCUCCCAGCAGUUUGUGAUCUCUUUGCCUGCAUGCAACUUAAAGUUGAUAAAGAAAAGUGGUUGUAUCGAACUCCUCUACAGAUGUGAAGGACUGGAGACCUACAGUCAAGCAACUUUUCUGCAAAGUAUCACACAUCCAUGAGCGGAGUGAUUACACCAUACCAAAUCAUUGUGUUCCUGGGUCUGACCAGUCAUCUUAGUUCUUUUCUGUCCAAUUUUGAACUAGUGAAGAGAAAUAGUCAUCAGUUUAUGAGUUCUUAUGUAAAAGAGGUUGUUUGUUGAUGUUGAGAUGAUUCAGUUCCAUUUUGCAGAAGUAUUAAUUCACCCUACAUCAUAGCAUAUUGAUGGGUGGGUGUUUUUCAUAAGCUUCCAUGGCUCCUCAGAUUGGCUUGUUACAUUAAACCACAGUAGUUAUUUAAAAAUAAAAGUUCUAGGGGUCCAAAGACAUAGUAGAGGGUUUAAGGCAUUUGCCUUGCACGUGGCCAACCCCAGUUGGAUCCCCAGUACUGCUAGAGUACAGAGCCAGGAGUAAACCCUGAGACUGCCAUGUGGCCUAUAAAACUGAAAGUAAAGUUUUAUCAUUGAGGUGUAUCCAUACAUUUUAAAACUACUCAAGUUCUCUAACCUUUUGCUUCCUUUCUUUAGAUGCUUCCCUUGAUAUGGGUUUUCUCCCGUUAGUGAUAGAUAUGACUCUUCUGUUUAGUAUUUAACACAAAUAAUUAACCUUGCAAAUACGAUUUUUUAAAAAAUCAAAAUGUGUAUUAAUUUGGAUAAUUUUUGACAAAACUAUUAAGACAUUUUCGCUUGUGUCAGUCUACAUUAUUUUGUUCUUUUGAAAGAAAUUUAGCUACUGCAAAUUUAGUCAUUUUAUUCCUUUAAAUUCUUUAUAAUAGUGUUCAGGUGCGCUUUUUUAGAAGUGCCUCCAAUAGCUUCAAGACGAGAGCCCCAGUGCCAACUAAUCCAAAAAUAAAAGGCAAGACAGUUGGAAAUUGAGUACUUGAACCAUCUCACUAUCCUAGGGGUUUAUUGGUGCAUCCUGUGUAAAUGGAAAACUAAGCUUAACACCUGGUGCUUUAACUAGGGAUAAAUUAAAUGUUCUCUCACUGCAAGCAUACCUAUACCUCUGAACAUAGAAUGCAGUGACAUUUUGGUGAACAUGCUGUAUUGAACACUUACUUGUGCCUUGGGGUGUUUAUUGAAGCUUUAUGAACUGUUUUCACAAUAUCCUUAGUCAUGUCCAUGCUUUAAAAAGUUUCUCUAUAGGAGGGAUACAGGACUAACAUGUUUCUAAAUUCUCUAUAAUGAUAAGCUACUGCUGUUCAGGCUUUUAAACCAUCAAGCCACUCUACAUGUUAUGUUUGGAGAAAUUUUAGCCCCAGUAUUAUUGCCGUAUACUAAAUUACAAUUCAUAAACUACAGUUAAAACUAUUCUAUUUUUGCCCUCCACUCUCCAUUUAGAACUUUAAUUAAUGUGGUAUGUAAUGGAAAUGAGACUUUCGAUAAUCACUAUGUAGUAUAUGUCAAGUAUAAAGCUGUACACCUGACAUUUACACAACGUUACAAACCAAUGAAGCCUCCAAAAAUAGCCCCCACCCCAACAAUGAAAACUUAAGGAGCCUUUUCAUUUUCAGUUCUAAGAAACUUUGUAGAGUUUUGAGAUAUGACAGCAUAUUCUUAAAUUUAAUUAAUCACAAUGCUGAGUAUAUACAACAUUCUUUCCCGUGAUGUUUUGUACCUUCCUCCAUUAAAAGCAUAACAAGCAUAGUUGUGUGUUAUUUGUAAAACUACCAUUUACAAAAUGUCUAUCUUCUAUAUGUGAACCAAAUAAAGCUGAGAAACAACUUGAAUAUAUGAAGACAUUUAAGAAUUUUUACUUUUUUUUAAAGAUUGUAUUGUCUUAAAAUACCAGUGGAUUUUAUGAAUCUUGUAUUAGCAACAAAUAGUGAAAAUGUUGAAAUUACUUUUCAGUCUUUUCCUACAAAGUUUUUUGUUUUGGUUUUUUGGACCACACCCGGCAAUGCUCAGGGGUAUUCCUGAUUCUGUGAUCAGGAAUCACUACUGGCAGUGCUCAGAGGACCCGGGAUCAAACUUGGGUCAACUGCAUGCAAGGCAAAUCCCCUACCCUCUCUACUAUUGCUCCAGCCCCCUUUCUUACAAAUUGUUAGUCUGUUUUGUUUGCAGGUGAAAUAUUGACUCCUUUUGAUUUUUAUUAGAGAUCUUCAGCUAGAUUUCAGUGUUUUUAUGCCAAAUGUUUUAUUAGAUGUCCCUCAAAACGAACCACCAUUAUGUAUAUGUGUAACCUGCACUGCACUUGUACUUCACAGGAGAGUAAGAAAUAACUCUUCGUGAAGACAUUUUUUUUUUUUUUGCUUUUUGGGUCACACCCAGCGAUGCUCAGGGGUUACUCCUGGCUCUGCACUAAGGAAUUGCUCCUGGCAGUGCUUGGGGGACCAUAUGGGAUGCCAGGGAUCGAACCCAGGUCGGCCGCGUGCAAGGCAAACGCCCUACCGGCUGUGCUAUCGCUCCGGCCCCCAUUUUUUUUUUUGAGGGGUGGGGGGGUUGGGCGUGUACACCAAUUUAUCCUAAGGGGUUACUCCUGGCUCUGCAUUCAGGUAUCACUCCUGGUGGUGCUGGGGGAAAAUAGGGGAUGCCAGGGAUCAAACCUGGGAUCAGCUGUAUGCAAGGCACUCUCAGCCCCCUCUUCAUUUAGCUUUACCUGAAGGCUUAUUUAUAAAACCUUAAAUGCCUACUGCACGUUUUUCCUAAUUAUCCCCAAUGAAGAGAAAAUACAAAAUUAAGCAUGAUCAAGCUUAAUUAUUUGGACUGGUCUAAAACACUGAUAAUAGUCAAUCUAAAAUAUCUUCAGGUUGUUUCUAUCAACUCUAAGAACAUGUUAGUCGGGCUGGAGAUAGCACAGUGGGUAGGGUAUUUGCCUUGCACGUGGCUGACCUGGGUUCAAUUCCCAACAUCUCAUAUGGUCCCCCAAGCACCGCCAAGAGUAAUUCCUGAUCGCAUGAGGCAGGAGUAAACCCUGUGCAUCGCUGGGUGUCUCCAGUACCUUAUUUCAACACCGACACCGGAAAUGUUUUAAUCUCUUUGGGCCAAAAAAAUGCCGAAAAGUCAAGAAUAACUUUCACUUCAGUUUUUAAAUGGAGAGACCAUUUAUUUUCAGGUUGGGCUUUGGUUCUAUUUUCACCCUUUAUUGUGAAUACAGGGCAUUAAUUUGAUUAUUAAAUGAGAGAACAUGGUGAUACAGUAUCCGUAACAAGCGUGACCUGAAUUUUGUGAGUAAGUGGUUUUCCAGCUCCAGGGAACAGAAGACAGAAUAGGUAAAACAUUUUCUCCAAAGGAGAAGAGAACCACAUUACUCAGCCACUAGAGUGUUUUGGUUUCAACUCAAUGGCUGUAAGGAAUGCCAGUCCUGGUCAGCUAUCCAUGAUCUUCAUUGUAGCAAAUCAGAAUUUCCGUUUUUUUUUUUUU